UUCACCGCCCUAACAUGUUACUUUUCAUCUCUAAAGGUUAAGAAAUCAGUUGCACCUUUGUCACAGAGUUUACCUGCUGAUUCAACAAAGAUUUGGAGUGAGAGACAUGGCUCGUUCUCGUCUUUUGAUGAGGAGCUUCCAGCUCCUAGAAAGGAGUCUGAGGUUUCUCUAUUGUCCAGCCAGCUUAAAGAACUGGAGGAUAAAACGCAAGAGAUUUUGUAUCUGCAGCAAGAACUCAACGAGUUGAAUGCUUCACUGAAAGAAGAAAAAUGGUACUCUGCUGCCUUGAAAGAAGAGGUUGACAAGAUCACUAAAGAAAGGGUUGAACUGGAAGAAAAGAACAGCUUACUGGAAAAGGUUUUUUGAGUCUUGUUUUCUAAAACUGAUAUCCUCCCUCCCGCGACCUUUGGAACCCUCACUAAUGACACUAGCCAUGCUGAGUUCUGUAUUAAUAGUGAUUUCACUCCCUGUUACGCAGUUUUGAAUUUUUGUGCAUAUUUUGUAAGUGAAGGGAUGGAGACCUGGAAAUAGGGUGUAAAAUGGGCAGGAAUUCUUUAGGGGUGGUGAGGGGGGUACAAAUGGGAUACCCAAGGUGGUGGGUACCAGGGGAAAAAGGGUGAAACUUUGCACCAUCACACAUAAAAAUUAAUGUUGAAAUAAGAAAAGCAGCAAGAGGUGGUUAACAGGUACAUAAAGCAUGAAGUUCAGGCCAUGUCUCCCUCAGCACAAACC